CCCGUCAGCCCGAAACAAGUGGACGGGCCCUGCCCAAGUCGAUGCUAGUUCCCCUCACCGUCCACGACCCGCCGCCGACCGCCGUUCCCCUCACCGUCGCCUUCCCUUACUCCGCCGCCGACGCUGCGUGGGAGGGACCCGGUGGCCACCGCCUUCUCUCGAGUCGGGUUUUGACGCCAAUUCGUGCGCCGCCCGCUGCAGCCUCCACCCUCCAGUUGCGUUCCACUUCCACCCCGAGUUCCGCCGGCGGAGAUGAAGCCGGUGGUGGGAAUCGUGGUGUCGAACAAGAUGCAGAAGUCGGUAGUGGUGGCGGUAGACCGCCUCUUCCACCACAAGGUGUACAACCGCUACGUCAAGCGCACCUCCAAGUUCAUGGCACACGACGAGGCCGACGACUGCAACGUCGGCGACCGGGUUAGAUUGGAUCCUUCUAGACCCUUGAGCAGACAUAAACACUGGGUUGUUGCUGAAGUUCUGCGCAGAGCCAAGGUGUAUGUUCCACCAUCUGUCACAGCUUCCGGUGAACAUGGUAUCAAGAGUCAGCAGGCUGGCGUUGGUACCAAAACAUCCACCUGAAGUUCGUCAGAGGCAAAGGCGCAUUUGCUCAUUUACUCGCUGCCCAUGUGCUGUUGAGCUCUGCCGCAUAGCUACUCUCUGCUGUGUCCACGAGGCCACAGCCCGGCAAACUGCGAAGCACUUCGGCAGUUGGGCCUGCAGGGGGCCAACGGAAGCGGGCCGGCCACCGACAGACCGCGCGUGCAGCCUGCUCUGUGCUUGCUCGGCCGUCUUCCGUGUCCGUAAUCGUCGGUAUAUAUAUAUGGCAAUGGCAUCGGCAUGAUGCAUGGCUAAUGAUGAGCCACACGUGCACACUGAUUAGCUAGCUAGCUGUGGCGUGUUAGCCUUUUGCAUGCAAUGCUUAUAUAUACCUUUUAGUUUUUGAUGAUGGUGGUCGAUGAUGAUGAUGAUACUGUACCUUAUUAUUACUAGCCUUUAACUUGAA